CGGCCGGCGGUGGCUGAGGUCCUGGCGGCGGCGCGGGCAAGGCAGGCGGAGUCGCGGCUGGCGAGCCGAGAGGAUGCUGCUGUCCCUGGUGCUCCACACGUACUCUAUGCGCUACCUGCUCCCGGGCGUCUUGUUGCUGGGCUCGGCGCCCACCUACCUGCUGGCCUGGACGGUGUGGCGGGUGCUGUCGGCGCUGCUGCCCGCCCGCCUCUACCAGCGCGUGGACGAUCGGCUUUACUGCGUCUACCAGAACAUGGUGCUCUUCUUCUUCGAGAACUACACCGGGGUCCAGAUAUUACUAUAUGGAGAUUUGCCAAAAAAUAAAGAAAAUGUAAUAUAUUUAGCAAAUCAUCAAAGCACAGUUGACUGGAUUAUUGCGGACAUGCUGGCUGCACGGCAGGAUGCCCUUGGACAUGUGCGCUAUGUGCUGAAAGACAAGUUAAAAUGGCUCCCAUUGUAUGGGUUUUACUUUGCUCAGCAUGGAGGAAUUUAUGUAAAACGAAGUGCCAAAUUUAAUGAAAAAGAAAUGAGAAACAAACUUCAGAGCUACGUGAACGCAGGAACACCAUUUAUUUGUGCCCCACAGAUGUAUCUUGUGAUUUUCCCAGAGGGAACAAGGUAUAAUAAGACACAGACAAAAAUACUUUCAGCCAGUCAGGCAUUUGCUGCUCAACGGGGCCUUCCAGUAUUAAAACACGUGCUGACACCAAGAGUAAAGGCAACUCACGUUGCUUUUGAUUCUAUGAAGAGUCAUUUAGAUGCAAUUUACGAUGUCACAGUGGUUUACGAAGGGAAUGAGAAAGGGUCAGGAAAAUACUCAAACUCACCGUCCAUGACUGAGUUUCUCUGCAAACAGUGUCCCAAGCUUCAUAUUCACUUUGAUCGUAUAGACAAAAAUGAAGUUCCAGAGGAGCAAGAACACAUGAAAAAAUGGCUUCAUGAGCGCUUUGAGAUAAAAGAUAAGUUGCUCAUAGAAUUCUAUGAUUCACCAGAUCCAGAAAGAAGAAACAAAUUUCCUGGGAAAAGUGUUCAUUCCAGACUAAGUGUCAAGAAGACUUUACCAUCAGUGUUGAUCUUGGGUAGUCUGACUGCUGUCAUGCUCAUGACAGAGUCUGGAAGGAAACUGUAUGUGGGUACGUGGUUGUAUGGAACCCUCCUUGGCUGCCUCUGGUUUGUUAUUAAAACAUAAGCAAGUAACGUACUCCAGUCAUUGUCUCUUACUGAUGGCUACAUAUUACAUCACAUUGUUUCCUGAAUUAAAUAAGAAGUUUUUUUAAAGCCUUGUUGAUUGAAUACUGGAUAAAAUAGAAUUAGUGACCACAGCCAACAUGCAGUUGAUUUGGGGCAGACACGCAUGACUUUUCAGGUGCUGGAGUUGCUGGAAAUGUGCAAACUAAGUGGAGUUUAUGCUGUUUUUUAUGUUCUUCAUGAACUAAUGUCCACUUGUGAAGAUGAUUUGGAUUGUAUAAUUUGGUGUUUGUAAUUCAGAUGGCUGUAUUUUAACAUUACUUUGUAGCAUAUUUCACUAUAUUCAUUACCUUCCAUUUUUAUUACUUGGCAGCUCAAACUCUUAUCACUAAAGUAUUUUAUAUUUUGAAACUACGUGAUACUGGGUUUUUGUUAAAUUUUGCAAGUCAAUGAAAGAUACUGUAAUUAUGUGUUGAGAUGUUCAAAGAAAAAGGUGAAAAGUGUUCAUGGUGAAAAGAAUCUGUCGAGUGUAUAUUUUUAUUAUAUUGCUCUAUUUAGCUAGUUUUCUUUAUAUUUGCAAAAUAACAAACAUUUCUAAUAUUUAUUAAAAUUGAUUAAUUUGCAUACCCCUAUUCUGCAGAGAAUAAUGUGUAAGAUGUCCAAAUGGAGUUGAAACUCUGUUAUGACUCUGUCUCAUUUGGUAGAGCUUUAAACAGCCCAGCGUCUGAGCUACUGAGUUAGUGCCUCCCAGCGUCUGUGCUGGACUGCUUUUAGACACAAGGGUCCCUGUUAUCUUCGUAUUGGAAUGGACAUCCACAGAACUUUAGGUGAUGGAAGUCUGCCAGCAUCCUGACUAUCUGUCCUAGCACGUGCCUUCUGCCUGUCUCCCUUUGCUUUGGCACUGCAUUUGGUCUGGAGCGUGUGCACUCGUGGUUGCUUGCUGCUCGUUCCAGCCCUCGCUCUCUGGCUUGGUGUCCUCCAGUGGUGCUGUUCAUUGUUGGGGUGCAGGCAGUGCUGCCUGGCUCAAAGGGGAAUUCCCCUGACUCCUAUGGGUAAGCCACCUUGGCUACUGCAGAAGCAUUUUGCAUUUAUGUCAAGAAACAUCAGGAUUGGGUAAAGGUUAUUUCUCUUCAGUUUUCAUGGAGUCACACUGUUGAUACAUAUCACCUGUGAACGAGAGCUACCUUCCAGGACCAAAUCACAUUGUUCUCAGUCAUGGAACAGUGUAUCCUAUGGAUGGAAGGAAGCUUUCUAAAGUUUGAUUUGCUGUAUUUUUAUGUUGUAAUUUAAGUGUGAUUGCCUACUAGUCCUUUCUGCAUACUUCAUACUGAUUUAUGUCACAGAAUUAUUAUACCAAUGAUCAAGUUGAAAUAGACCAUUUAAAUCACAAUAAAUAAUUUUGUUUAAGUUGAGGGAAAUUUUGCCUCUUAUAUUUGUUUUCUUAAAACCAGAAAAUGAGCCAUUUCAAGCAUCUUUGAAGAGUUAUGUGCUGUCACUUGGUUUUUGUGCAUUUGUAUAUUCAUAUAUGGAUAUGUAUAUUCACAUACGGAUAUGUAUGUUCACAUAUGGAUAUGUAUAUUCAUAUACAAUACACACACAUCCACAGAACAUAGUGUCCUAAAAACAAAUAAAAACUUGUUCAUCAUGUUACUGUGCUGAAUUGUUACCGUCUUUUACUUAAAAAGUGAAGUUGAGAUCAACCUCACAUCUCUGUUAAAUACAUUUUUUUUAGCAGUCCUAUUAGAGCUCCUUUUGACCAGAUCAAAAUAAGUACAAGUUAUGAGACUUCAAACAUGACUGGGGGCUGGAGAGACAGACAGCUCAGUAGUAAAGAGCGCACUUGCAGAGGGUUCGGUGCCCAGCACCUGCAUAGAGGCUCACAAAGGCCUAUUAUCCAGCCCAAUUGGAAUUGGACACAUUCUUUGGCUUCCAUGAGCAGCCACAUGCAUAUGCUUACACAAACAAAUUAAAACAAAUGUUUAAAUAAGUGUGUGCUGUGCAUUUGUUUUUUAAAAGAGAGUACCAUUAGAAUCACAUGGAUAUAAUUGAUUCCUUUUAAACAGGGCAAGUGAUCUGCACAUGAUCUUUUGAAUAUUAGCACUGACUUAUUCUUGAGAGCAGCCCAUAAAAUGUGGUAAUUGGAAAUAAAUUGUAUCAAAAUGUUUGAAAAAUUAAAACCGUCUCUUAAACAUGUUAA